AUGGUUGAAGUGUCGUUGACGGUUGGUAAGUUGGAUGCAUCGCUUGCGCUUUUGCUUACCAAGGAUCACCAUCUCAUUGAGUUCCCCACCAUUCUUUUACCCAACGGAGUAACGGCUGGGAGUAUCAUUAAGAUCAAAUGUGAACAAGAUAAGAAAACCGAAGAAACUGAAGCCAUUGCGUUUCAGAAGGUUCAAGAUGAGAUUCUUAAUACUUUCGGGAAGAACUUACCUCAAUCACCGGUACUUAAAGUCCGUAACGUCACUCAAACUUCAUGUGUAUUAGAAUGGGAUGAUUUACAACUUGGAUCAGCCAAUUUGAAGAACUUGGUAUUGUUUAAAGAUGGUGCAAAACUUGGUUCUAUCCCUCAACCGCUUUCUAAUAAGACAACCAAGCUAUCAGGUUUACCCAUAGAUAAAACUUUCACAUUCCAAUUACGUCUUGAUACCACGGCUGGGGUUUAUCAGUCAGAUAUAUUAGAAGUGACUACUCAUAAAAUGACGGAUUUAUCGGGUAUAAAUGUAUGUUUAGGAGAUUUAAGUGCCAAUGAUCCAUUCACAGUGGAUGAUAUCAACAAAACAUUGAAGGCUAUGGGGGCUCAUUAUCCAAUUGAGAAUAAAAUUAAGGUUGAUACUACCCAUUUUAUUUGUACCAGAGAGAAUAAGAAUAAUUCUGAAUAUAUUAAAGCUGGAGAAAUGAAUAUUCCAAUUAUUAGACCAGAGUGGUUGAAGGCAUGUGAAAGAGAACGAAGAAUUGUGGGAGUUAGAGACUUUUAUGUUAAGGAUUGUGUUUUGCCUGAUAUAUUAGCUUCGAAUUAUUGGGGUGUUUCAACUGCUCAUAAAAACGUAAAUGAACCUUUGGCUGCACCUGUUGAAGUUCCAGGAAGUACAGAGAAUGAAGAUAAAGAAGUUAAAGAGCCAGCUACAGAGUCGAUCAAAGAGCCAGUCGCAGAGCCAGUCGCAGAGCCAGCCACAGAGCCAGUCGCAGAGCCAGCCACAGAGCCAGCCACAGAGCCAGUCGCAGAGCCAGUCGCAGAGCCAGUCGCAGAGCCAGUCGCAGAGCCUACAGCUGAAGAAUCAGUCAAAGAAGCUGCUACUGAACCAGAGCCAGUCAAAGAGCUCUGUGAACCAAAAUCCGCGGAACCAAUUCCUGUUGAAGCUCCAAUUGAAGAUGAAUUCGAAGAUGUACCGUUAAAUGAUGAACCAACCAAAACCAAUAUUGAGCAAGAUCUCACUGAACCGGUUCAACAAGACCUUGGCCAGUCAGAAACCAAAGUAUUACCUGCGGGAGAUCAGACAGAAGAAGUCAAAACAGAACCGACGGACCGUAUUGAAAGCGAAGGAGAUUUAGGAGAAGUCAAAGUAGAAGCAACAGAUCCUAUUGAAAGCAAAGACCCAGAAGAAGUCAAAACAGAGCCCAUUGAAAGUGAAGAUUUAGGAGAAGUCAGUACUAAGACCGAGUCACAAGAUCCUGAACAAGCUCUUGAACCUGAGCAUGAAGACCAAGACGAAGACGAAGAAGACGAAGAAGAAAACGAAGAAGAAGAAACUGACGAAAAAGAACCGACUCCCCAAACCACUAAGAGUUCAGCUAACAAGAAGAAAAGUAAUAAGAAGAAGAAGGGAAGACGAUAA